UGAGAAGAAGCGAGUGGGAUGUGGCAGUAAUGUGCCGAUCUUUAUAAGAGGCAUUCGUUUUCAUAGUUAAAUAUUUUCAUUUACUUUAAGAGUGACGAUGCUGCUGUUUUGCCCAACUUGCGGGAAUGUGUUGAUUGUAGAGGAGGGACAAAAGUGUUACAGAUUUGCUUGUAACACAUGUCCGUAUGUCCAUAACAUCACGAGGAAGGUCAGCAACAGGAAAUAUCCCAAACUGAAGGAAGUGGAUGAUGUGCUAGGCGGAGCGGCAGCGUGGGAAAACGUGGACUCCACUGCGGAACCUUGUCCAAAGUGCGAGCACCCGCGGGCGUACUUCAUGCAGAUUCAGACGCGGUCAGCGGACGAGCCCAUGACCACCUUCUACAAGUGCUGCAACCAACAGUGUGGCCAUCGCUGGAGAGACUGAGCUACCUGGCCCUUUGUGGUCAUCACUGGUUCAGGAGCGCACAGCAGUGUUGUUGUGAAAUCUGAUUUCCAGCUAAUGGAAUACCUGUGACGCUGGUAUUUAGGGCUUUAAAAUUUCAAAGGACUGUGGAUUAUCGGAUUAUAUAAUAAUCCAUAGGCUACAUUAUUUAAGAGAAGUUUAAUUCAAUUAAGAUACAGGCCUCUAUGCAAGUGUGUAUGAUGCUGUAACAUGGGGCUGAU